AUGGAUUCUGUGGGCAUCUGCAUGCCCACAGAAUAUGGCGGGUCUCAAUUGGGCAUUUCAGAAGCCGCGGUAAUGAUGCAGACCAUAUCCGAGUCUGGGGCUGGCAUGGCCGGCGCGUCAUCUGUGUAUAUUAAUAUUUUUGACCUGGAACCGGUUGCGAAGUUUGGCAAUGCAGAACAAAAGCGACGGUUCCUGAUACCGCUGGUCCAAGGCCGGGAGCGCGCCUGCUUUGGCGUUACGGAGCCAAAUACGGGGCUUGACACGCUGAAACUGCGGUCAAUGGCUAUGCGAAACGGUGAACACUAUAUCCUCAAGGGCUCGAAGAUCUGGAUAUCCGCGGCCCAGCACGCAGAAAAAGAUCUUAAUCCUCGUCCGGACCAUUCCAUUGGACAAAGUUACAAAACCAUCACAGGGCCUCUCGCUCUUCUACACGGACCUCGAUCGGUCGCAGUCGACAGCAAUACCCUCUUCUUCGAAAAUUGGAAGGUCCCCGCAGCAGAUAUGAUAGGCGAGGAGAACAACGGGUUUAAAAUGAUAAUCCACGGCAUGAAUGCGGAGCGCAUCUUGAUUGCAGCGGAGGCUCUAGGGCUAGGCUACGCGGCGCUGCGACGCGCAGCAAAAUACGCAAACGAGAGACAGGCGGCCAGGAUGUAUGAUGCGGGCUACACUUCAGGGGAAUACGCAAAUGCGGCCAAAUACCUCGCUGCCGAAGCAGUAUUUAGGGCGUGUGAUAGAGCAGUGAUGAGCCAUGGCGGGAUGGGAUACGCGAGGGAGUAUCACGUCGAGAGAUAUUUGAGGGAGGCUUUUAUUCCGCGCAUUGCCCCUAUGCAGGGAGUCCACGGUGCCAUUUUGGAUUUGGCUAAAGGAAAACCAAGAUAUUUUGUAUGA